GAAAAGGGGUCUGUCCAGCCCCCUUCUCCCCAUAGAAGCUUUUAUUGAGCGUCUUCGAUCACUUCAUAAACAGCUCUGUUCCCCUCAGUCACGAGCUUUCUAGGAUUCCCAGAAACUACAUUCGAGUACCUCAGUUGAGUUUUAGCUGGGUUUUCAAGAUGUCAAGCAACCAAAUGCCGUCUGCUGACUCGGAUCCUCCCAAAUUCCAUCGCCUGUUCAAGUUUUAUGACCCUGAAGUGGUGGCACUUACGGCAAUAUUAUUAGGUUUGUUCCAGCUCCUCCUGACUAUACCAACCUACAGCGUCAGCCUUGAUAUAAAAUAUUUGUUUAUGUGCCCCCUCUGUGUUGGUUCUGUGACUUUGAUUGCUGGAUCAUUUGGUAUGGCAUCUGAAAGAACUCCUAAGAGAGUACUGUUAAAAAACUGUAUGAUCUGUGGUCUUGCUGGACUGGUGGGGACACUGAUUGGACUUAUUCUGUAUGGUUAUGCUGCAAGUACCUCUCUGGACAUCCUUCCUUGCUCACAAGAAUCCCAUGAAGACCAGUACCCUUGUCUAGAAAUGAUGUAUCAAAGUUUUUACAAAGCCAUCUCUGGGCAGCUGUUGUUUUAUAAUAUUGCAGCUCUGGUUAUCCAUUGUUUUCUAUCAUUUUCUGCAUUUAAAGGACUGAGAAUACAUUGAGAUUACAUUUGCCAUACACCACACACUUCUCUUUUAGGCACAUAUUUUUAUGAGCAUCUAAUCCUUUAUAUUUUAAUUAGUAUUUUGCCUCCAAAUCAUUAUCACUGCUAUUGUUUUUCCAUCCUUGUUUUCUCUUCAUAAAAAUGUGAAUUUACAGUAUUUUCAUGUGCAAAAAAUACAGAUUUGAAAGUCUGUGAAACUGGAGACAUAACUUACUAUACACUGUAAACAUUUAACCCACUAUUACUGAAAAUGUACGUUUAUUUGCUACUUUAUUAUUUUUUAAGUAAAAAAAAUAAAAUAAAACAAUGUUACAACCUUGA